GUCGGUCUGGGCCAUUAUUUUGUCCUGAAGCGUAAAAUGAACAACAGGCUAAGCGUUCCUUGAAAUGAAUUAAAUAUUAAUUCACGGAAAUAUUUUUUUUUCUCCGUCUUUCCUCCAGAGACCCUCUGAUGGAGCGGGUCGCUCAGUAGCGGGCCAGCUCGGUCCUCCGUUGGACUCGAAGGCCGAAAACGCUGCGCGGGGUGACAGCCCCGUUACAGGCAGGCGGGCAGCGGUUAGGGUGUUUAUCGGCUCGGCUAGCCGCUCUGCUAGCUUCCUACACAGCGGGAAGGGGAGAGGAGGGCAGCUAAGUCUGGAGUGACGGAGCGGAGACUGGCUCUGUCCAGCCGGCAGAAGCGAUGGCUCACCUUGGAGACCUGCAGAACCAGAACACCAAACUGGACCCUGAGGAGUACUUCACCAAGCAGGAGCGAAUAGGAAAGGGUUCAUUUGGAGAGGUUUACAAGGGCAUCAACAACCGCACCAAGGAGGUGGUGGCCAUUAAAAUCAUCGACCUGGAGGAAGCUGAGGAUGAGAUCGAAGACAUUCAGCAGGAGAUCACAGUCCUGAGCCAAUGUGACAGUCCGUUUGUUACCAAGUAUUAUGGAUCAUACCUGAAGGGGACCAAGCUGUGGAUCAUCAUGGAGUAUUUAGGUGGAGGAUCUGCUCUGGAUCUGCUCCGCCCAGGACCUCUGGAAGAAACCUACAUCGCCACCAUACUGCGGGAAAUUCUGAAAGGCCUGGAGUAUCUGCACUCUGAGAGGAAGAUCCACAGAGACAUUAAAGCCGCCAACGUGCUCCUGUCAGAGCAGGGCGACGUGAAGCUGGCAGACUUCGGAGUUGCUGGACAGCUGACGGACACCCAGAUCAAGAGGAACACAUUUGUUGGCACGCCUUUCUGGAUGGCUCCUGAGGUCAUCAAACAGUCUGCGUACGACUUCAAGGCGGAUAUCUGGUCCCUGGGAAUAACCGCCAUCGAGCUGGCUAAAGGAGAACCGCCCAACUCAGAACUCCACCCCAUGAGGGUCCUGUUCCUCAUCCCCAAAAACCCUCCCCCCACGCUGGAAGGCCCCUACAGUAAACCCUUUAAAGAGUUUGUGGAGGCCUGCCUAAAUAAAGACCCUCGUUUUAGACCGACCGCUAAAGAGCUCCUGAAGCAUAAGUUUAUAACACGUCACACCAAGAAGACAAACUAUCUGACGGAGCUGAUAGACCGUUACCGCCGCUGGAAGUCUGAGGGACACGGGGAGGAGUCCAGCUCUGACGACUCGGACAUGGAUGCUGAUGGCGACGUUGAGCCGACCCCCAUGUGGAACUUCCCCACCGUCAAAUCUAUAAACCAGUUACAGCAGGGCUACCCGCCACCAGAUCCAGAGUCAGGAGAUCCUAUGAAACGACAGCCCAAGUCCCAGUGCUUGUCUGCUUUGGUAACGCCCAUUUUCAGAGAGCUAAAGGACAAGCGGCGGGCCAGUGGAGGAGGAGUAGGAGCUAUAGAGGAGCUGGAGAAUGCCUUCAGCCUGGCAGAGGAGUCCUUUCCAGGCAUCUCUGACCGACUCGUCACACACAUGAUGGAGAGAGUGUGCAGGUUUACUUUAAACGGUAACACGACUCCGUCGUCACGGUGAAACCUCCUCUGGAUGUAAUGUGAGCCAGACUCGGAUCAGGACCUCCCACCUGUCGUACCACUGCCGCCUCCCUGUCUACACCCCCCCCAAAAAAAGAGAUCUUUUAAUUAGUUACAAUUAAAUAUUUUUACAGUUUUUCUUUAAGAACGGAGAGUAUUUAACACUAAAGAAGCCAUGCCAUGUAGAGUGUUGUGUAUGCCUGUUAGUGAGAAGAGAUCUGCUAUAAUAAAGUCUAUUGAAAACGA